AAUAGCGGGAUUCCAGCUCACUCACGACGGGGGUAUGUUUUGCUUAACCCCGUCCCAAGGUGCCAUCCCAAGAAUUCCCAAUUCCCCUUGAUUGUCACAAUUGCCAAUGUAAUACCCCGGGCCAAGGCUGAAGGGGCCUGAUCUGAUGUCGCUCCCGUUCCCCCCUUUGGGAUAAUGACAGUUCACAGUACUCCGUACCCCCCCGGCAUUCUGUACUCUCCGUGCGGAUCACCUGGGGUGAGAGAAUGUCCAAAAGUGAGAAGCCUAAAAGUACUGCGCCGAGAACCGUUGCUACCUCAACACCUCACAGGCUCAUCCUCAACCCCGGUCGACCGCCCAGGGCCUCAUACUUUACGGCGCCGAGACAAGGGAUUACAGUACGGCCGCGAAUUGUGCGAAUGCGCGCGGGGGUUAAGCACAGCACCAGCACAGCUUGGUACGAAUUCCCCUGCUGCACCGCCUCAUCCGCCGUCGGCUCCGUCCACGUCCUCCUGCGAGUGCGAGCAGUGCGAGCUUGCGAACCGGGGGCCAGACGACGGGGGAUAGACAUCUGCGGAGAGAUUAGAUGCUGGCCAGCUGACUACCUUCGCGGACACGCGCCAAUCACAGGCCCUUGCGAGCUGGGCGCUACCUUGCGCAGAGAGAGUACGAAAGUACGAAACCCAUCUGUACGGAUACACGGAGUAGAUCCGUACGGAUUUACGAAUGGCCCCGAGCCACACACUCGUUGUUUUGUAGGGCUGAGCCUUGACGAGACAGAGAGAGCAGACGUAGCAAGAGUCUCAUUGCGCCCUAUUCCGUACCGGUUUUACACGUAUUACGUUACGGUACGGUACUCUUUACUUUCCUCUUACUCGGCCGGGUUAGGCAUAACGCCCUUCGCUCUCGGCAUAACUCUUGCUUAACAUUUUCUGUCCGUACCUUACACAAAGUACCUUAUGGUCGGUGCCUGGAGUCCACGUCUUGGGGAGACGCGGGCAACCUCAGCCACCAGGACCUGAAAAGGCCCGGCCCCAUGAUGAGUCGGAGCCUGAAAGCAAGGUACGGUGCUCUUAACUCCACAGCCCGGACCAUCGCGAAGAACUAUUGCCCCGGGCGACGG